AUGGCUGAUUCGGCUACUGCCCCGCCCCCGCCUCCGCCUCCUCCGACCGCUGCUGCUGCUGCUCCUCCACCACCACCUCCGCCUACCAUGGUGCUGCCGACGUCAUAUCGGGAGAGAUUGGCGCAGUUUAGGAUUCUGGAGGAGAAGAGGUUGGAACUUAUCGAGCCUGUGCCAUGGAAUGAUGAUCAAAGACAAAAUGAACAUGGCGGGUUGACGUUUGGCACGCGUGCACAGGAACUCCUCGAGAAACUGGAGAAGACGGAAUCCCGUCUUUCACAAACCGAACUCGACCUCAACUCGGAGCAGAGCGUGCGGCGGACGCUGCAGGCCGAGGUCGCAGACACGAGACAUAAGCUAUAUGGCGAGCUAGCAGACACACGGCGGAAGCUGGAGACGGAGCUGGAGGAGACCAAGACCAAGUUGGGCACCGAGUUGGCGGAAACCAAGACCAAGUUGGAGACGGAGCUGGCCGAGACGAAGAAGACGUUGGAGGCCGAGGUGGAGGAGGCGAAGAAGAAGGAGGCGGCCCUGGUCCAGCAGCAGUCACAACGACCCUUUGUAAUGGUCCUCAUCGAUGCCGACGCCGAAGGCUUCCUCUUCCGAGACAAAUACAUCACGGCGAAAGCCCAAGGCGGCGAAGCCCUAGCCGACGAGCUCCUCAUCCGAAUACGAGAGUAUCUGCGCCCCCAGUUUGAAGACGCCGACGCACUGGAUAUUGUUGUCCGCGUCUAUGCCAAUCUCGAGGGCAUGGCAAACUACCUUGUUCGACUGGACAAGGUCCGCAAUCUCGGACAGCUGAGAGCCUUUUCCACAGGCUUUUGCGGCCGGAUAUCGAGCUUUGAUUGGAUUGAUACGGGUGUGGGUAAGGAAGGCGGGUCGGGGAGGAAAGUUCGAGAAAACCUCUCCUUCUACACCUCAAACACCCACCUCCGCCACAUCAUCGUCGGCUGCUCCGCCAUCGACCUCCCCGCCUCCCUCCUAACCGCCCUUCCCCUCUCCAAAAUCACCCUCAUCGAAACACUCCCCCUUCCCGCCUCCCUCACCUCCCUCCCCCUCAAAAUAACCCGCUUCGCCUCCCUCUUCGCCCCGCCACCGCCCCCGAAAUCACCCAAGCCCCGCGGCCGCAACAGUGCCCAGUUGCAACUCAUGCAGCACGAGGAAGACGGCGUUGGCGGCGGUGGUGGCGGCGGCGGUGGUGCCACCUGGCUUGUUAUCCAGCCUGAGCGCAGUAAGAGUCAGAAUAUGGGGGUUGGACGGCGGAGAGGUGGGAGUAGCAAUUGA